AUGAUGGUGAAGGUGCUGCCUGUGCUGGCGUUAGUGUGCCUUAUCCUAUAUGCCAGUUUUUGUAGUGCCCAAGUACCAAAAAUCCUACCAUGGCAAACUCCAUCAGUUAACAUGAGCAAUCAUGUGGAUCAGAGUCAGUUAACGCAACCAGGAGUCGCUCAGCGAGAAGGAAAGCUGCUUCAGGAAUCACACACAGGGAUUAAUCGAUCACAGCAGCAGAUCCACAGGGUCUCUGAAUCAUCACAGCUGUGUGAGGUGGAUGAAUCUUCACGGGUGGGUUGUGGUGAACCUGGCAUCAGUCCUGCCGAGUGUGAAGCGCUCGAAUGUUGUUAUGAUAACCGAAGGUUCAUACAAGCUUACCAUGGGCCCAUGUGCUAUUAUGGAAAAGCAGUCACUGUACAGUGCACCAUGGAUGGACAGGUUAUACUGGUCAUAUCCAGAGAUGUCACAAUACCGAGAAUCAAACUGGACUGCCUCAGUAUCCCUGAGGCGACUGGUGGCCCCUGUGAAGUUGUUGACAGCAACGAUGACUUUGCCAUCUACCAGUUCCCAGUCACAGCCUGUGGUUCAAGAAAGAAGGUAGAAGGUGACUAUAUUGUUUACGAGAACGCCAUGGCAUCGUCGUAUGAAGUGGGUUUUGGUCCUCAUGGUACAAUCACAAGAGACAGCUCUUUUGAGCUAACGUUCCAGUGCAGAUAUUUGGCUACAGCGGUGGAGGAUUUAGUGGUAGAUGUGAACACACCUCCUCCUCCUCCUCCUCCUCCUGUGGUUCAGCAAGGCAUCCUGAGAAUGAAGCUGCGGCUUGCUAAUGGGGUGUGUACCACUAAAGGGUGUUCUGAUGCUGACGUGUAUAGCUCAUACUACACGGAAGCUGACUACCCUGUGACGAAGGUACUGCGGGAUCCAGUGUACGUAGAAGUACGCAUUCUGGAGAGGACGGAUCCAAAUAUCGCCCUUGUGUUGAACCACUGCUGGGCCACUAGUUCCCCAGAUUUCUCGAGUAAACCUCAGUGGGACCUCCUGGUUGCAGGGUGUCCUUAUGAAGAUGACCGCUUCCGGACCACUCUGGUUCCUGUAGGUCUGUCCUCAGGUCUGCAGUAUCCGACUCACUACAGGCGCUUCGUGGUGACGAUGUUUACCUUUGUAGACAAGGAUCUAAUAAUACCUCAAAAGGAACAGCUCUUCAUCCACUGCAGUACGGCUGUGUGCCAGCUCUCCGCUACAGAGUCCUGUGAACCUAGCUGUCAUAGGACAAGAAGAUCCAUUCCAGCUGCACAGGAUUCUGGAAAGAAGUUCCUAGUCUCUAGUGGAAUAGUCAUCUUUAUCGCUGACCUUCAAGCUUCAGCUCAAAGCCAAGCAGACCGCAUGUCUUUAGUGUCUCUGGGUAUUGGCUAUGGACUGUAUGGUGUAGCUGCUCUCACGGCAAUGAGUAUCUGUGUGCUCCUGAUGGAAGUUCUGAGACGAAGGCCAAAACAGCAUCCUGGUCUUCAGAUAACACUGCUGUAG